GACUCUUGUGCCUAUGUCAAAAUCUAAAAACCGCAACCUCCGAUACAUGUGGUCAUUGGUUGUCAUAAACAAAUUGUACGUGGCACGUGAGCGGAAAUAAGUUAUCUAUCUAUUACCUUGCUAUUACCUCACCAAUCGACUGCGACCAAGUGCAUUUGUUUUGUGCUUUCCCCACACAGAUACCCUCUCAAAAAUCCCACAUGUCUCCCGCGAGUAUCGCAGCUAGCAAUACGCUCAAAGCGGAUAUUACAGCGAUGCAAAAUGGUGAUAGGACCCAGGGUGAUACUCAGGGGAACUUGGCAAGGAGCCGCAAAAGCCAAAUGAAAGAUGAAUCAGUUAUCAUGCCUAAUCAGCUGCACAGGCAGGAUAAAAGUAGGGAGCCAAGGGAAGCAUGCGGCCGCCACAGCAUUACUAGUACAUUUGAUUCCGAGGACGAGGAAUGUUACGAGGACACGAUUGAUUUCAUACGUCGUUCUAAACAAGGAUGUCCAUCUGUCGAUGGACCUCGACCCUAUUUAACAGUAUCCGGAGAUGACCCUCAGGGCUCUAGUGAUCGAUCCAGCCCACGGGUCCACUUUCGUUCUCGUGUACGCAUAACUGCUGGCAUGCGUCGCAGACGGCUUUCUGAUGGACUGCCGUCGGGUGCUUCGUCGAUAUCAGGCUCACCUUGUUCAUCUAUUUCCGCACCAUUGCGCUCUGCGAACGCUGCAAGUUCAAAAGGAUGGGGUCCACUAGGUCAGCGAGUAAGUAUCCUUGCAUCUCAAAACUAUGUUUCAGAGCCAUCAUCGCCUACUGUCCGGCGGAGAUCACGACACAGCAAUAAUCCACCAGAACCAUAUCACAGUCCUGUGAACGAACACACAUCACUCUUACGACCCCCUUGCAGGUACUCGUACGCAAGGGGAUAUGACGAAAAUAAUUGGCAGCGAGGACGUGUGAUAGAUGACACUUUCGGCAAGUGGCCCGGGAGACUGCUAAACCGCCACUGGUGGUGGUGGCAAUUUGAAUCACUUGUUUGCUGCCUCUGCAUAGACUGCUCUGACGAUGAAUAACAUCAGAACACCGCGCGAAAUUUCUUGAUCUCAAACACAUGUAGGAGACACCACUCAGGCGUGGUGACGUCGUUGGUGGCCCUUUGCUUUCGCGCUAUCUUGUUCAGACUACAUUUGUAUAUUAGCAUCACGUCAUACCCAACAUGUUCUUGCUGAAAGA